AUGUCAACCACCGGCAACCCAGCCUACAACAUAUCGUCCACCGGCGUCCACAACUACAAAGACUUUCUCAUCAAGCGUUACCAGCUCGCGCUAGCUCAAGAGGGCACGGAAGAAGGUGCAGCACACCUUAGGUGGAUGCUUCAGACCAUCCAAGAGACCCCACUAGGGUACCGCGCAAACAUUACACAAGCCAAAUCGGAUGAGAUCAUGGAGGUUCGAGCUUUAGUGUUGAAGAAGUUGAGGGCACAGCCGGGCUAUGGUAUGCCGGGACGUUUGUUUGACGCUAGGGAGGAUAGGCGGGUUACGGAUGAGGCUGUUGCUGAGUGUAGUGCGAGGAGGCGAGAUGAGGAGAAGGCGAGGGGGCAUCAGGUUGAUGAGAGGAAGGCGUGA